CAGACCCCUGAAAAGGUUUGAUUUCCCUAUAAACCUUAAAACAAGAUGGAAAUUUAAAAAGCUUGUUUCCCCUCUGAAGUUAGGAAAGCUUUAUAAAAUAACAAACAAAUCGAAACGGGGAAAAACAUAACAUUAAAAAUUUCUUUAUUGGGUUUCGGUGUUCAAUUAUACAACAACCUGUGUUAAAAUAAAAGAUUCCCCUAAAGAAAGUCUGCCAAGGCUUCAUACCUUUGGUCGCCUCUGCAAAAGACACUUUCCACCUUCCAGAGCCUCUUCCGAGGGAGUUACGUUACUCCGUGACGUCUGUCUUAUCACCUGGAAUCCUCUAUAAGAAAGCGGACAAAUCUGGAAACCCGACACUUUCAUUUUGGGGUAAACUUUAUGCACACUGGCAAGACGGCAGCCUCUUCAACAUUUAAUCACCUUCAACAGCAAAGAAGCCACAAAAAUGUUGUUUUUACUUGUCUUGGUGCUGUGUGUGAGUGGAGUCCUGUUGGCCCCGAGUCGGGACCCAAUGCUGGAUCACCAUUGGGCGCUGUGGAAGAAGCGCUACAGUAAAUCCUACGAUGAGCAGAAAGAGGAGGGCUGGAGGCGAAUGGUGUGGGAGAUGAACUUGAAGAAGAUUGAGCUGCACAACCUGGAAUCCGCCAUGGGAAAACACCCCUACACCUUGGGGAUGAAUCACUUUGGGGACAUGACUAACAAGGAGUUUAGGAAGAUGAUGAACGGCUACAGACCCAGAGCAGAAAAGAAGGCCAAGGGGUCCUCGUUCAUGAAGCCCAACUUCCUGAAUGCCCCUUCUGCUGUGGACUGGAGGGAGGAAGGCUACGUUACACCUGUCAAGGACCAGGGUCAGUGUGGCUCCUGUUGGGCCUUCAGCGCCACUGGGUCUAUGGAGGGACAGCUCUACAGAAAGACCAGAAAACUGGUGUCGCUGAGUGAGCAGGACCUAGUGGACUGUUCUGGAUCGGAGGGGAACUAUGGCUGCAAUGGUGGAUGGAUGAACAAUGCCUUUCAGUAUGUUAUGGACAACCGGGGUCUGGACUCCGAAGCAUCCUACCCGUACAUGGCAGUGGACAUGCCCUGCCGCUAUAAUCCAAGUUACAACUCCAUCAACGUCACAGGAUUCAUGAACAUUCUCAGAGGCAGUGAGCAAGCUCUGAUGGAGGCUGUGGCUUCUGUGGGACCAAUUUCUGUUGCCAUUGAUGCCGGUCAUGAAUCUUUCCAGUUCUACCAAUCAGGCAUCUACUAUGAAGAACUUUGCAGCAGCCAGGAACUAGACCACGGUGUGCUGGUGGUGGGUUAUGGCACACAGAAAAGUUUUUUUUUUGACGAAAACUACUGGAUUGUCAAGAACAGCUGGGGGGUAAACUGGGGUGACAAUGGUUACAUCUACAUGGCUAAAGACAAAUACAACAACUGCGGCAUCGCCUCAGCUGCAAGUUAUCCUCUGGUCUGAUGAGCAUCCUCACAUCAGGGGAAGUUGCACUCUUAUCUCACCACAAGUUACAGCAUGUAACGCUUAAAGGCGGAAAAGAAUGUAGAGAAAAUUUACAAUUGUAUUACCCACACUUUCUGAAAUCAUUGGUGAGGAGUAAGGUUUUUAUAGGGUAAAGGUACUUGUUGAUUUUAACUUUGUUUAUAUGGUUUUAUUUGGUCUUUGCUGUUAUUCUUUGUUUUCAUAGUUCAUGAUGUGCCUUAAAAUAAAUACAAGCAUGAUUCUUCCUUUUUUCACUGAUUUGUUCUUAUGUUUACUGUACUCCAUUAAAGUUGUGAACCAACACUUA